AUGUCAGAAGUACAUGAACAACCAAAGAUUACAACAUCGCGUCAUCCUAUUAUACGUGAAGCACGACACGAGGAUAUUCCAUUACUAGCAGACGUUGAAAGAUCAGCAGCUAAACUAUUCACAUGUUUCAACGUUCCCGUUGAUGAUUCCGUCUUGGAUUCAGCAUUGUUAAUGUCCAUGUUAAAGAAUCAUCAUCUUUGGGUGGCUGUUGAUCGUCAAGACAAACCCGUGGGAUUCCUUGGAGGUUUUAAGGUUGAUGAUAAUUUCCAUGUGGCUGAAGUCUCGGUCAAUAAGGAUAACCAGAGGCAAGGUAUUGGGAAUUCUUUAAUGGAUCGAAUGAUGAAAGAUGUAAAAGAAGAAGGAUUUCAAGCAGUUACUCUCACAACCAACAAAAUUCUUCCUUUCAAUCGUCCUUGGUAUCAAGGUUUAGGAUACAUUGAACUCGAAGCAAAGGAUAUUGGCAAUGAACUGACUCUUUUGAUUGAAGAAGAAUCAAAUCACCUUGACAAUAAUAUUAGGUGUGCUAUGAGAAGGAAUAUCUCAUGA